AUGAACUCCAGCAAAAUCUACCGACAGACGCGAUCUAAUCUCAAAGUAGAGCUCGAUAAAAGAAUUCACUUGCUCAAAGAGAGGGUUCGCAAUCAAGGUCCCCGCACUAGAGCCAUCAGCACUCUCCGGAGUUUCUACGUCAUUCGCAUUGCCAAUACAUAUGUCGACGAAGCUACAAAUAGAUUUGCAUCAAAAGGAUUAACUCGCAAAGAUAUCGAAAACAUCCAUAGAGAUAUUUCGAACAUCCAAAAUAUAUCUCGUCAAUUUGUGAAUGAUGUGUAUGAAAUUGUCUGCACCCCUGAAGCAAAGGUUGGUAAAAGUAUCUCAUACUUUCCGACUGGGGAGCCUAGUACACCUGAUUCUUCGAAUAACACAGUCCAAGAUGCUUCUCAAGCAAGUAUUGCUCGGCGAAUUAUUCGUCUUGAUAAUCGUUUGGUAGAGGUUCGAAGCGAUUCGUUUGAGAGAUGGAGCAUUCGAACCAAACAUUACCAGAUCCAGAUAACCAUUUACAUAUCUUCACCUCGUCGAAUAUUGGAGCUCAUCACACACUUAGAAUCAUCUUCUCCCCGAGUUUCCGUGAAUAACUUCGAAAUGAAGACAAAUCCGAUCAUCAGCGCCUCUAAAGCAUCGGCUGAGGCGUCCGAAGUUACUAAGAACGAGAUAAAAAGGAUGGAGAGGAGGGCAGUGAUGCUUGAGGAAGAGAACAAACGUCUGGAGCUGGAAAUUUCACUCCGCCAAAAAGAGGUUGCAGCUAUGCGAAAAGAAAAGGCCAAUGGAUGGAUAGAAAAAAAAUCCUAA